UCGCCUGAAGCUCCUCACCUACAACAAUGAAAUCGAGAUAGGUAUCAAGGUGAAGAAUGAAAUAUAGCGAUUAUUAGCUAUUAUUUUACCGCAUCUUUCAAUAAAACGCCGCAAAUUAUUAGAAAUAAAAACGGUUUGGAAUUGGCCAGUUUUUAUUACUCACUAUUUUGUACUCGAACAGAGUACCUACAAUUUUUGUUGUGGUAGCAGUUCGUGAGCGCAGUUUCAGUGAUUAAUAAGGAAAAUGAGGAAAUUGAUAGUGAUUAUAGUGCUUGUGGUCGAGUUGUUGCCUCAAGUUAUUUGCGAGGAAAACAAAUAUUGUCAACUUUAUUGCGACUUCUACACAGAGAAUGUUACUCACACUGUUUGCGAAAGGGACUUGGAAGAAUGUGGACCAAGCCCAGACUGCGGCGAGGAUUUUCAAGUAAUCCAUUUAGAUGAUUCAACAAGACAAUACAUCCUCGAUCUACACAACUAUUUCAGGAAUAAAGUAGCAAGUGGCAAUGAAACCAGAAAUGAUCAGCCAUCAGCUGCUAAUAUGAUGGUUAUGAAAUAUAAUAAAGAGUUGGAAUAUAUAGCCCAAUGUUGGGCUAAUGCAUGCAAUGGGAAUCCACUUAUUCAUGACCAUUGUCGAAGAACAGAGGAGUACGAACAUGUAGGUCAAAACUUGGGUUUUAUAAAUUCUUCAUUCGCCGACUUUGAUCUCAAGAGAACCAUAAGAACAUUAGUUAAUUUGUGGUAUGAGGAAGUUGAGAUAUUCCAAAAUGAGUGGGUUAAUCAAACAGAAGAUAGAGGUCCUGACAUAGUAGUUGGCCACUAUACACAGAUGGUAUGGGCCGAUACCUCUGAAAUAGGUUGUGCUACCACAUAUUAUACUACAAACUCAAGCGAUACAACCUGGCAUCAUUUAUUAUUGGUUUGUAAUUAUGGACCUGGAGGAAAUUAUUUGGGUUUACCAGUUUAUGAAGUUGGAGAACCUUGUAGCAAUUGUCCAAGACACUUGAAGAAUAAUAAAAAAUACAAGGGGCUUUGUGGUGAAUCUGAAUAUUUGCCAAAAGGAAAUAAAAGUUUUUUAUUGGAAAAGUUAGUGGACGGGACAAUUUCGUUUGAUAAUGAAAUAUUGUAAAUGUUUAUAACAAGUUCACUUAAACUUUUAUUCAUAUUAGGAAAUGAGUAUGUUUUGAUGUGAAUGAUAAUUGUUGUCAUACUGCCCGAAUGGAAUAAUUUUAAAGAAUAUAUUUUGAUAAAAUA